AUCCUAGUAUCCUACUAGUAAUUUUUUUAAUUUUUUGAAAGUACGCCUUGUUCUUACUUUAAUUAAAUAUUAGGUAUGUAAUUUUAUUAUAUCCAUUAGAUUUAUUUAUUUUACGGAAAUGGAGGAUUCUCCUUCAAUAGAAACUGUAUACGAAGCCAUUUACGCGCUGUACAAUCAAAACACCAACCCUGCCGAAAAACAGCGAGCCUCCAAUUGGCUAAAUGAAAUGCAAAAAUCUGUAUGUAAUUUGAACUGUACAGUUAACUGCAAAUUAAUAUUGUUCAUUGUAACAGGUAUAUGCGUGGAAGAUAGCUGAUGAAUUGUUAGCCCGAAAAAUAGAUCUGAACUCAUGUUAUUUAGCUGCGCAGACUAUGCGUUCAAAAUUACAAAACUCCUUUCAUGAACUACCUCAAGAUUCACACGCCUCAUUACGUGAUGCUUUACUUAAUCAUUUGUCAAAACUGGAUGAUACAACUGAUGGUGUGAUCGCUACACAAGUAUAAUGCACCUACUUUUAUUUAUAUACAUAUAUAUUUUUCACCCUAUUAUAAUUAACUAAUAUUUAUUUAUUCAUUUUUGCAUUUAAAGUUAUGUGUAGCAUUGGCACAUUUGGCCCUUCAAAUGGGUUCAUGGAAGAACGCUGCUGUUGAUAUUGCUUCACGAUACAACACAUUGAAAACUUGUUUUAUAUUAGAACUGUUAACUGUACUACCUGAAGAAGUCAAUUCUCGAACGUUGCGCUUGGGUGCUAAUCGUCGAUCAGAAAUUUAUACAGAAUUCAGUGAGAAUUUGCCAGCUGUUAAUCAACUUUUAGAACUAUGCUUAACAUCAGAACCGAAUGAUGAACGUGUUAAAAUAAGAUCUUAUAAAUGUUUUGCGUCAUGGUUAAACAUAAGAACAGUGUCUUUAUCACAAGUGUGGCAUAGUAAUGUGCUUUCAAAUGCAUUUAACGUUUUAUGUAGUUUUGAUGUAAUAAUAUAAUAUAAUAGAUUCAAUUUUUAACUUUUUAAACUUGAAAGUUUCCAUCAUUAUUUUAGGGAUCUAAUAUGGUUCAAGAAGCAGCUGCUGAUGCGGUGAUUGCGUUCCUACAGACUUUAGAAGAUAAUAAUAAUCAAGAUGAAAUACAGCUUGAAAUUUUAAAUUCUGUCAAUACAUUAGAACAGGCCUACAUGAUGUCUGUUACCAAUGAAGAUUUAGAUAGGUUAGACAAAAUUAUUGAAAAUUGUAAUUUUAUUUAUAACAAAACAAUUUGUAUUACAGAACUGUCAACUACUGUAGAAUAUUCACAGAAUUAGCUGAAUCUUUAGUAUUGACUAUGAUAAAUAAAAGUCUAGGAGCCAAUGGUCUUCCACAUUUCUCAAUCAAAGCAUUAGAAUCGGUCAUUUUAUGUGCAAACCAUCAUGAUUAUGAGGUAAAUAAAAAGUCUUAAAAUAAUUGAAAAAUAUAUCUGUGUACUGAAUUAUGUGUUAUUAACAGUACAUUUUCUACAAGUAUAUAUUCAAAAUGGACUGGAACGCACUGAAAUAGCGCUCCAGUUCAUAAUAUUAACUUUUGAACCCGUUCUGGUUGAUUAAAAUUAGAAUUUUAAAGUUCCGGUUUAUACAAAUUUGAAGUUAGUAAGUUAAUAUUUUAUUGAAGACAUUAAGACAAUUGCUACUUGGUAAAAUGUUUCCGUUAGUGUCACAAACAAAAUGAUUAUACUAAAACUGGUUUACAGCAGAAAAAAAUAGAAGUUUUCUAUAUUAUGGCAUAUUAAUUUUGUAAGUGUUCCAGUUCAUACAAUUUUCCAUUUUGAUCACUGCUACAAGUAAUAUUGUUUAUCUCAUACGGCUUUCAGGAAAAAAAUGUCAAAAUAUUGAAAAACUGUGUCCCAUACUUAAAUGUAUUUAUAUUAUUAUCAUUUACUAUACUCAAUAUCUAUUUCUAUUAUUUUUUUUUUAUUCUUAAUGUAAAUGUGUUUAAUUUGAAUUAUAUUGUUUUAUUUUUCAGGUUUUACUAAUAACAUUCAAUCUUUGGUUUAGAUUAUCUGAAGAAUUGUAUAAAAUAAAUAAUCCUACCUUAACUGAAAUGUUUAAACCUUAUUUUGAACAAUUAAUUGGUGCAUUAUAUAAACAUUGUAUGAUUGAUACAGAUCAUGUAAGUUUCAUUGAAUCAAAUAAAAAUUGUUACAUUAUCAAAUCAUGAUUUUUCAGGAAGGUCUAUUAGAUGAAGGCGUUGAAGAUUUUGCAGAAUUCAGAAUAAAAUGUUCAGAUUUGAUUAAAGAUGUAGUGUUUAUAGUCAGUUCAUCUGCUGUUUUUCAACAAAUGUAUAUUGUUUUACAAUCAGCUUCAGUAUCUAAUGCAACUUGGGAUCAAAUGGAAGCUGCUUUAUUUAUAAUGCAAGCUAUUGCCAGGAAUAUAUUACCGUAAGUAAUUUUAAAAUUUGUUCUUAUCGCACACCUUAAAAAACAUUAAAUUGACAUAGACAUGAAAAUGAAGUGGUUCCAAAAGUAGUAGAAGCUAUACUCAAUAUGCCUGAAACUGUUCACAUAAACAUGAGAUACACUUCAGUAAUGCUAUUAGGAGAGUUGUGCGAGUGGAUAUCACAUGAACAACAUUCAGAGACUCUAGGUAAUAAAUAAUAUAUAUUAUGACAUUCAUUUCUUAUAGAUGUUAAAAUUAAUCUUUUAUGCACAUUUAUUUUAUAUUAAUUAUUUUAAUCUAUGAAAGUAUACAAAUUAAAAUGUUUAAACUAAUAUUUAAAAAAACAUAUUUUAUUAUUUUAAUGGUGUGUUUGUAUUUUCAGAACCUAUAUUAAAUUAUCUGCAAUAUUGUUUGCGCCAACAAAAUCUCGCUGCAAUCACUGCAAAAUCUUUACAUAGUAUUUGCACUACUUGUCGACAUCAUAUGGUCAAACAUCUUAGUGGACUUAUUGAAAUUCUAAAAGUUGUUGACAUGUUAAAUUUGCCAAAUGAUGUUGCAAUUGGAUUAUUAAAAGGUAUAUAUACAUUAAUAAAAUCAUUAAUUAAUUAGUAUUGAUUUAAUAUUUUACUUGUUAAAGGUGUUGCUGUUAUUGUUGCUGAAGUACCCGAAGAACACGUGUACAAAGCAAUAAAAGAAAUUUGUUGGAGACAGUUAAAUCCUCUAUUGGCUCUUGCUGAAGUAAAUAUUUCUUUAAAUAAAAAUAAGCCAAUUAAUGUAACAAGUUACUAAAUUUAUUGUUUUAUGUAUUUAGUCUACUUCAGAAAAAGUAGUUCCUGAAACUAAUACUCCUACAGACCCAAUUUAUUGGUUGGAUCGAUUGUCAGCGAUAUUGAGGCAUUUAGUAACAAAAACACAUUCUGAAAAAGAUCCGUGUGUUGUUGCUAUUGUGGAAGUAUAUAUAUUUUUGAAUUAAAAUUUACUUUGUAAUAACAGUUUAUGAAAUUUUAUUAGAUGUGGCCAUCUAUGUCAAAAAUAUGCACUAGAUAUAAAACAGAUUCCCGUAUCACUGAACAUUUUUGUCGAUGUCUUCGUUUUAUGAUUAGAUUGGUUAGUCGGUCAACAACUGCACUUUUAGCACCAAUUGCUCAGCAAGUAUGUAUCAUGUGUGUAUUAUCUAAUUAUUAAAUGCUUACAAAUUAAAUUCAAAUAUUCUGUGUAGAUGGCUUAUUUAUAUAAAGAACAUCAUCACAGUUGUUAUCUUUAUAUUGGUUCAAUUAUGGUUGAUGAGUACGGUUCUAAAUUCGAUAAUCCACUUGUUAUGACACAGUGUCAUUCAAUCCUAUUAGAAAUGAUUGAUGCAUUUAUUGAACCAGCAUUCCGAUUAUUUAGUGAAAAAGAUGGACUUAGGAAUUAUCCCGAUACUGUUGAUGAUUUCUUUCGGUUAGCUUGCAGGUGAGGAAAAAAUCAACACCUAAUUGUAUAUAUAAAUAUGUUUUUAAAAAUAAAUAUUGUUGUUAAUAUUGUAGAUUUAUUCAAAAACUCCCAAUGCCUUUCCUUCAGUCUCCAGUACUUGAAGUGAUUAUUAGGUGCAGUAUAACUGCAGUUUCAUUAGAUCACAAAGAAGCAAAUGCAUCUGUUAUGAAAUUCCUAUUAGACUUGUUAUUAUGCGGAAAAUCAAAAAAAGUAACUAUCUUUUUAUUAAUUAAGUAUUUACCAUAUUACUGCAUAUUAAAUACAAAUUUUAUUCAUACAGGACAGUACAAAUUAUGAAGAACGUAAACAAUAUGUUACCUCAAUUGUAAGUUCAAUUGGUGAACAAUUAAUUGAUAAUUUAAUUCAAGCAAGUGUAUUCUCACUUCAAACAUACAUGUUGCCUGAUGUGAUCGAUGUAAUUAUUGAACUCAUGACAUAUGAUAAAGACGUAAGAAUUUAGUUUAAUGAGAAGAUUUUAAUAAAAAAAUAUUGUUUUUUUAAUGUUCAAUGACAUUUGUAGCAAACGUUAAGAUGGUUAAAUGGAGCUGUAGAAAAAUUACCUAAACAAAACUCAGCUGGCUUGGUUACAGCGACCAAUGAGCAGUGUUUGCAAUUUUUAAAGUCAUUUCAUAGGUAAAUAGCCAAGAACAUUAAAUUAUACAGUAUAAGUAAACUAAGGUCUAAUUUUAUUAGUUUUGUCUAUCCCGAAAUAAAAUAACUGAAAAAAUGAAUUCUGUUUCAGUUACGAAAACGAAGGCGAGCUGUGUCGUUCUCUAAGGGAAUUUUCACGAUAUUUCCGGUAGUGUUGACUAUAUAUAUAAUACAUUUCAUUCAUAUAUUUGUUUGUUUUAAUGUUACUCAGUUUUUGACAUGCUGUUUAAAGUAUUUUAUUUGUAAUAUGUAAUGUUUCAUCCAAUAUGAUUGUGCUUAUAGUUAUGAAAAAGUUAAAAGAUGGUCAAUGUUAACACUUCUAAUUAUUGCAGUAUAGUAAAUAUACUAACUAUUGUAUAUAAAUAAACAAGAACCCGUGGAACAUUAUUUGCGUGUAUCUAUUGUGUGAAUUUUGAUUAUUUGGUAAAGAACUCAUUAUGUUAUGUAUGAGAAACCUCUAUUUUAUUGAUUUUUUGUUAUUUAUUUAUUAAACUACAUAAAUAACUAAAAUAAUUUUUUUCACUAAUCAUUGAGCAUAUAGACCAAAAGUAUAAUUUUAAAUAUCUAACAAAAUAAUAGAAUGAAAACAAAUUUUUUUUUUCUUUUGAUCCUACUUAAAUAUGUGUUAUCUUCAAUAAAAUAAAACUAGUUAUGUCAAUGAUACUCGCAAUCUGCACACAAUCGGGGUGAAUACACUACAUACCAUAAUUUAUUAUUUAAUUGUUAAUAUUAAAUUUAUCAAUUGAUCUAUAAAAAAAAAAUAAAAGAUACAGUUUAAUUAAAACAAAA